AAAACACUUUGGAUUCUGGUAUUGCAAUUAACUGAUAGUGUUUAUUGGUAACUACGCAAUACUGUAAUAUAAAUGCAGAUAUAUCAAACAGGUUAGCAAUGAUUAAAGACACCUGUAUAUACACACACCUGUGUGGAAAUAGAAAACACAAGCUUUUUCGAGUCUAGGGGCAAAUGGAUACCGUCUUAUUGUGAUGUAGAGAGUUCAGUUCAGUUGGAGGUAGUUAGUUGAGUAAAGUUGGAGAGAGAGAGAGAGAGAGAGAGAUGAGCUGAUGCUGUCGAUCUUCCCAUUGUCUUCUGAAAUCCCCGUUGUCCUCCAAAAUCCUGUUGAAGUCACUGACUGUGACCAUAACACAUGCGGCCGUUCUUCAGUGAUGGAAUUAUCACCCAGGCGAGGGUGGACACACAAAUGAUUCCACACCGGUUAUACCUUUUCACACUGCGAGAGCCACUGAUCAAUUUCCCCGAAUCGAUCCUCCAAAAGCCCACCUUCCUGUGGGCACAACAAGCUCAUCCAGUGUCCAAAACCGUGUGUCUGCCUGUGUAUCAGCAGACCUGGUAUUUAUCCCCGCAUGUUGGACACCAGCCGUCCAUCAACCUGCUCUGCCCUCCUCUCUCUGUAAGAGUUUUACAAGCAGGCAAGUGUCCUUGUGGAAAGGUAAACAAGCUUGUAGAGAAACCAUAACAUCAAUCUUUCGAGCAGUCUCUGUCUCUGUCUCUGUCUCUCUCUCAUUGCGUUGGACACCUCCCUCUCUCUCUUAAUAGCAGCACAGUUGAUAGGGUCAUUUCUGGACCCUGUCACACGAGUAAAUACAAAUAAACACAAUAGAAUCAAAGAAAAACACACACACAACAGUGUGGGAAAUCAACCAAUGUGCAAAGGACCACCAAACUGCAAAUACAAAAAGAAAAAAAAGCAUUAAAUACCAAGAGCAUGAGGUAAAGAGUCCUUGAAAGUGAAUCAAUAAGUUGUGUGACCAGAUCAUUGUUGGGCUGAGUGAUUCAAGAGUCUGAUGAUAGAUGCUCAGAAAUGUUGAUACCCAGGAACUUCGAAUUGCUCACUUUUUCCACUUCUGGCCCCUCAAUGAGGACUGGUGUGUGUUCCCUUGACUUACCAUUUCUGAAGUUCACAAUCAAUUCUUUGGUCUUACUGACAUUGAGCAUGAGGUUGUUGCUGUGACACCACUCAAUCAGCUGAUCUAUCUUGCUCCUGUAUGCCUUCUUGUCACCAUCUGAAACUUUGCUAGCAGAUUUAUAGAUGGCAUUUGAGCUGUGCCUAGCCACACAAUCAUGGGUAUAGAGAGAGUAGAGCAGUGCACUAAGCACACAUCAUGAGGUGUACCAGAGGAUUUUGUUCAGAACUGUAAGAGUAAAUGUGUUAAUCGCUGAGCUAUAGCCAGUAAGAAGGAGCCUGAUGUAAAUAUUAGCAUUGUCCAGGUGAUCCAAGGCUGCGUUAAGAGCCAAUGAGAUUGCAUCCGCUGUCGACCUUUUGUGGAGAUAGGCAAGUUGCAGUGGGUCCAGAUCCCUGCUUGGGCAGGAGUUGAUUCUAGCCAUGACCAACCUCUCAAAGCACUUCAUUGGUGUAAAUAUGAGUGCUACUGAACUGUAGACAUUAAGGCAGCUUAUCCUGCUUUUCUUGGCACUGGAAUGAUUAUUGCCCUUUUAAAACAGGUGGGAACUUCCGACUAUAGCAAUGAGAGAUUGAAACUGUCUUUAAACACUUCUGCCUGUUGGUUGGCACAAGUUUCCAGAGUUCUACCAGGUACACCAUUGGGGUUUGUUGCCUUGCAAAGGUUCACCCUUUUGAAAGACAUCCUGAUGUUGGCCUCUGAGAUGGAGAUUGCAUUGUCACUGGAUGCUGCGGGCAUCCUCGUAGCUGGAGUUUUGUUCUCCAUUUCAGAGUGUGCAUAAAAACUGUUGAGCUCAUCUGAGAGUGAGGCAUCACUGUCAUUCGUAAUGUUAGGCUUCACUUUGUAGGAAGUAACGGCCUGCAAACCCUGCCAGAGUUGACAUGCAUCUGAUUCUGCCUCUAACCUCAACUGCAUUUGUUCUUUUGCUCUCGAGAUUGUCCUCCAUUAGUCGUACCUGGCAUUCUUCUAUAGUCCUGGAUCAGCAGAAUUGCCUACCAUAGAUCUAGCCCUCAGCUGACUACAAACCUCCUGGUUCAUCCAUGGCUUUUGAUUCGGAAUUGAAGAGUUUGUCCAGAUGUACAGUGAAAAAGUGGGUAUUAAAGCUGAAGUGCUGCUGAAGACUCUUUGGGGUGACUACUAUCUGAACACAAAAGCAAAGAAGAUAAUGAAAGGAGCUCAGUCAAAAGGCAAAAAGCCUCUCUUUGUGCAAUUAGUGCUAGAAAACAUCUGGAGCUUGUACGAGGCUGUGAUUGUCCGAAGGGACAAAGAGAAAAUUAACAAGAUAGUAAAUUCACUCGGUCUAUCCAUUCUACCUCGUGAUUCACGUCACACGGAUCCUAGAGUACAUCUCAAUGCCAUCUGCUCUCAGUGGCUUCCCAUCUCUCAGGCUGUGCUGUCAAUGGUCUGUCGCAAGUUACCUAGCCCAUUGGAUAUUACUGAGGAACGGGUUGAAAAGCUUAUGUGUGUGAGCAGCAGAAGAUUUGAUUCAUUGCCGACUGAAACCCAAUCACUCAAACAAGCAUUUCUUGAAUGCAAGAGUGAUGAAACAGCUCCUGUCAUUGUAUUUAUUUGCAAGAUGUUUGCUGUUGAUCCCAAGGGUAUACCUCAGAAUAAGCCAAGACCCCUGACUCAAGAAGAAAUAGCUCAACGGCGUGAGCAGGCCAGGAAAAGACUUGCUGAAAAACUUGCAAAUCAGUGUCAGCAAUUGGGAGAAAACCCAGAGAUCUCUGCCGCCAAUGCAAGCACAAAAGACAUCCAGGUACCAAACCAGAUGGAACAGGCAGGACAACAGGAGAGUGAGCAGAAAGACCACUUCAUUGCGUUUGCCAGGGUAUACAGUGGAACAAUCCGCAGAGGGCAAAAGUUGUAUGUGCUAGGCCCAAAAUAUGACCCUUCAGAGGCUUUAGCCAAGUUGCCUGAAAAUUAUGCACCUGGUGAAGACCUUAUGAUCCCACAUCUGAGUUGUUGUACAGUGGAGGACUUGUAUCUGCUAAUGGGUAAAGAACUAGAAGAUGUCCAAGAAGUACCUGUUGGCAAUGUGCUAGGUAUUGGUGGCUUAGAAGAUCACGUAUUAAAAUCUGCCACGUUGUCAACUUCUCCUUUAUGCCCACCUUUUACACCUUUGAACUUUGAAGCAACCCCCAUUGUACGAGUAGCUGUGGAGCCCAAACAUCCAUGUGAAAUGCCACAGCUGGUGAGGGGAAUGAAGUUACUUAACCAAGCUGACCCAUGUGUGGAGGUGCUAGUCCAGGAGACAGGAGAACACGUAUUAAUAACUGCCGGAGAAGUCCACCUCCAGCGUUGCUUAGAUGACCUCAGAGAAAGAUUUGCAAAGAUUGAAAUAAGUUCAUCAGCACCAAUUGUUCCAUUCAGAGAGACUAUCAUUCGACCACCAAAAGUGGACAUGGUAAAUGAAGAUAUGGGCACUCAGCAAAAGAUAGCUGUCAUUCACCAAAAGAAAGAGGACCAAAAUAAAUAUCCUGAAGGCGUCAUUGUGGAUUCUGAUGGACUGGUGACUUUAAAUACACCCAAUAAGUUAUCCACUGUCAGUGUGAGAGCCAUGCCACUUCCAGAAUCAGUGACACAGUUACUUGAAGAAAACAGUGAUCUGAUUCGUACAAUGGAACAGUUCAACCUAUCAGUAAAAGAAGGCAGAGAAGCUCAAGAAAUAAACUUGACCACACUUGAGGCUAUCAAGACAUUUAAGCAAAAGCUAGAAGAGAGUUUUGUAGGCCGGAAAUGGAGAAAUGCAGUGAACCAAAUUUCAUCAUUUGGACCACGGCGCUAUGGCCCUAAUAUUUUACUGAAUGGGUUAAAAAACUAUGAUAGGCCAUCGAUGUGGCAGUGCCUUGACAAAAGCAGUAGGGAUUCAAGAGCCUACCGGAAUUUUGACAAUAGUAUAAUCAGUGGAUUUCAGCUGGCUACUCUUUCAGGUCCUGUAUGUGAAGAACCUCUUAUGGGUGUUUGCUUCAUUUUAGAAAAAUGGGACAUGAGUAAUAAAGUGGAACAGUUUGUUCAACCUUCCACAGAGGAACAGGCAUCAAAAACUGAGGUGCACCAAGAGGUAACUUCAGAAGAAAAUAGCCUCACUGAUUUGAAGCCCCUGUUAGAAUGCCCAAAGCAACAAACUGAUCAAACUGAGAGCAGCCAGACUCUCGCCAAAAGUUUGGAUGAUGGAAAAUGUAACUCUGAAGUAGCGCUUAUGGAUUGCUAUGGUCCUUUCUCUGGCCAGCUCAUUGCCACAAUGAAGGAAGCUUGUCGUUUUGCAUUUCAGGCAAAGCCUCAGCGAUUAAUGGCAGCGAUGUAUACGUGUGAGAUUAUGGCAACUGCUGAAGUGCUAGGUCGAGUCUAUGCAGUCCUUUCGAAACGAGCAGGCCGGGUGUUACAGGAAGAAAUGAAGGAAGGGACAGAAAUGUUCAUCAUCAAGGCUGUUUUGCCGGUUGCAGAGAGCUUUGGUUUUGCUGAUGAAAUCAGGAAGCGGACAAGCGGCCAAGCCAGCCCACAACUUGUGUUCAGUCACUGGGAGGUAAUUGCAAGUGACCCAUACUGGGUUCCAACAACAGAGGAAGAAUACCUGCACUUUGGAGAGAAAUCUGAUACUAUAAACCAAGCACAGAGAUACAUGAAUACAGUGCGCAAACGGAAGGGACUGUAUGUGGAAGAGAAGAUCGUUGAGCAUGCUGAAAAGCAAAGAACCCUCAGUAAAAAUAAAUAAUAUCUCCAAAGUAUAAACUGUACUAAGAAUACUUAUUAAUCUGCAAAGGAUGGUAAGCUUGCAGAUGAAAUGUAAAAUCUGUGUGAAUGAAACUUGGCAUAUUUGUAUGAAUAUUUUAGUAUGAGUACCUUCAAAUUCAAAUCAUGCCUUUACUGCUCCAAUUCCUUGUGCUUAUUGAGUACAAACAGUCAUCAGAUAAAGGUGCAGUCAAACUAAAACUUGUCAAGAUUACAUGUAAUGUACUUGAUAUACUUUUUAUUGAAAGAAAAUGUGCCACAUUUACUUGAAACUGUGGUUAAUGAACUCAGGCAUUUAUAUGGCAUCCUGUGCAGUUUGUAGCUGUUGGCAUUUGACAUUCAUUUGGUCUGUUUUGAAUUCCUCUAAACUAACCCAAGAGUUUCAAGCAGCACAGCUGAGUCCCUUGAUCAUCCCUAAUCUUGAUUCAAUCGAUCUAGAUUGAAAUUUCAAGAAUGUGAUGCUUACAACUCUCCUGUUAAACUAAUCUCACCAGAUUCAAAUUAAAACCAAUUAACCACCUAUUGAAAUAAUUUUAUGAAAUAAAAUUGAAACCACUGGCUGUACUGCAGUAUAGUAAGACCUUAUAUGGGAAGCAUCUGCAAAAGUCCUAUUUUAUAGGUGCUAGUUUAUUACUGGGUCUAGCUGUGUGUUGUUCAGAUUGCUGCAGCAGAGCCAGUUACUUCCAAAAAUAUUUUAACUCCUUUAAAGUACAACAUGGACUCCACCUUUUGAAAAUAUUGCCAUCUCAUUGGUAUGUUCCUUAUUAAAAGACUUUGGAUGUAUAGAGUUGAAAGUAAUAAUGAAAAAAAUAAAUUAUUCUGUCAUAGCCUGAAGCAUACAGUGGAGAAAAGGAUUCACUUUUUAUAAGGUUUCAGUUUGGUCUAGGAUUACAGUUCUUUUGUUUUACAGCACAUGGUAUGCACAUAGUUUACUGCCGGUAAUUCUUGUUUCUUUGGAUAAUUCAAAAUGCUUUCACACAAGCAAUGAAUACGCAUUGGUAUUAUAUUGUUCCAGAGCAGCAUUGGUAACUUAAUUUAAGAGUAGUCUGUGAAUGCACUUGUUCGUGGAUCCAUAUAUAAACAAUAACUGGUCAAUAACUUGUGAGGCAUAAAACUAUUUCUGUUUUCUGCAUUGUAAAAUAUAAUUAAAGAUUGAUUCUAUAAUGUUA